UUGACAAACUAACAACGCUACGGGAAAGAGAAGGGAAAAAAAUCUAUCCGCGAAAAUAGAAAAAAAAAAUUUCUAACCCUCUGAGGCAAUCCGAGGCUUCGACAUGGAAAUGGAACGACAAAACGCUCAAGCAGCAGCGAAGAGGCUAUGGAAAGUGGUACGGAUCGUUUACUACAUGGUAAAGACGUGCAUGUCCAAAAGCAAGCUCAUGCAGCUUGACCUAAACCUAAUCCUCAAGAGAGGCAACAAAGCCGUCACCAGCCUCCACCACCGCCGCCGCCGCCGCCACCGUGGCGGCCCCGCCGACGUCAUGGCCUCCGUCAGCUGCCGCUCCGACGCUGACGUCAUCUCCUCCGCACUCGUCCUCCGCGAGUACGAGUUCAGCUGCAGCAACAGCCCCGCGAACCCUUUUGCCCCCUUUUCCAAACGCAAACGCUACCGCGGAGGUUACGACGAAAAAGCCGCGGCUGCGAUUGCGGUUCAGAGGGUUUUCCAGUUGUUGGAAGAUGGUAAUGAUAACGGCGAUGAUGAGCCGUUCACGGUGGCCGGAGAUUCACCUCUGGUGGUUUUUCCGGCGGUGAGAGUGACAGAUUCUCCUUUUCCGGUGAAGGACGAAGGAGGAGACGAUAACUUGGUGGACAAGGCAGCCGAGGAGUUUAUCAAGAGGUUUUACAAGAACCUCAAGUUGCAGAAGAAUAUGGCGACAGGUUUUGUAUAGAAACCGUUUGUAUUGGUCCCUCCUCGACGGAAGAGUGGGGGCGUUGGAUUACAAUUAAGAAAAAGUGGGUCAAAUUGAAAAUACAUGUAAAAUACGGGGUGUAGAAAGUUAAUUUCAACUUUUCCUGGAGAGUAGAGUACUACACCAAUGUUACUUUUACAGUUGUAAACUAGAUAUGUGGCAUGUGUAUAUUAUUUUCGCUUCACGAAGAAACUACCGACCAUGUAUACGUAUCAUAAUAUUUCAUUUCUGCUUUUGGCUA